AUGUUCUCAGAAGACGGCGUUCGCAUUCUGCCCCCUCUCCAUUUCUCAGAGGACCCCACGUUUCUUCGCCAUCUCCACAUCGAGCGCGUUUGCUUCUACCCGGAAUCCGCGCCACCAGACCCAGGCGAGCACCUGCGCGAAUGCUGGGGCCGCUGUGAGGCGCUGUCCUUCAGGAGGCUCAUCGACCAUCUUAAGUCACUCCCCAGCACCAAGCGGGAGUACUGGGACUACAUGCUCGAGCUCGCCACCAGGUAUCUCUCCGGAUGGAAGACAGAAACCGGCUGCCCAGACACCGGAGAAGCCUUCGCCGUCCUCCGCACACUGACACACGACGCACUCGAGCUGCCGCCCUUCGCCAUGCUCAGCCCCAAGCCUCCGCCCGCACAGCCCCCUAGCCCGCCCCCGCCUCCCGGACUGCCAGCGCCGCUGAGCGCACCCCCCGAUGUCGUCGCGCGCGCAUACGCACUGGCCGCAUACGCGACCUUCGCUGAAUGCGAGAGCCCUCAAUGGCGCCAUUCAGACACGAUGGGGUGCACCAUCCUCGCGGCCGAGUGCGCGGCGGAGGCUGAGCGCCUGUCCGCGCGCCCGAGCGCGAUCGUCUCCCAUGUCGCGCUCGAGUUCUGCAAGUCUGCGGAACGUCUCGGGGUCGACCUGUCGCCGUGGGUGUGGCUGCGGCCGGUCGUCGCGCUCGCGUACGCCCAGAAGCCGCCCGGUCGUCUGAGGCUGUAUCCAGAUUGGGUCACGCCGAAUCCAUUCGUGCUCUUGGAGCGCAGGAUGGUCGACGCGUUUGGAGUGCGUGAGGCGUUCCUCAAGCAGGAGGGCCGAGUGGUGCCCUAG